AUGCUCAAACUCUCGCAACUACUAGACGCCAAAAGGCGUGACAGUUGCGAUGCUAUGGCCGAACUAUCGCCUUCGUCGCGACAACCGCCUCCGUCACCACUGACAGCCACCUCGUCCACCCCCGUCUCCCCUGCUGUCUCACUUUUUUCGGCCAAAGGCCAUACCCGCUUCUCCAGCUCCGUGUCCUCCUUAGUUUCAUCCCCUGGUCACGGUAAUUCUAUGGAAAGCGCCUCCAGGAAUCCCUUGACAGGAGUAAAGGAAGAAGAACCCUGUGGGGCUCAAGCGAGGGACCUCGAGGAAGAAUAUUUCCAACACUUCGACCAGGGUGUGUCCGAACUGGAAGAUUACUUCUCUCCUGUCAACUAUUCGGACCAGUACGACCUCACGGAUGCCGGAAUGGACGUGCCGCCUUCCCCGAAGAAGAGACGUUCGGACAGUAUCUCCGCCAAAGGCCUCUCGCGUAUCGGGUCUCGCAUAUCCACCAUCUCCACGCGCUGGAGAUCCCGGCAUGCAUCCGACGCCCCUGACGGUGUGGAUGCCGUCUCAACUGAGUUGCGAUCCCGUACCAACUCCGCCUCCUCUGUACUGGCCAGCCCGACUGGGGUCGCCAUCUCCCGAGUCGAUUCUAUGACCGUUCCUCCUUCGCCGGCAAGGACCAUCUUCGAAGAGCGCAUCAGCGAAUCCGGUGCAAAGCCCAUCGACAUUGUCAAGGCCAAUCGUCAGAGCCAGGAGGAGUCGGCGCCCCAAGCGACUACCCCGCUCCUUCCUCCCUUCAUGGGUACUGAACCAGUGUACCCAGCUGCACCCCGUGUCAACUCGCCUCUGCAAUCACCCUCAGUGGCGGACAUGUCGGAGGAUCUUUCGGACGCCAUUGCACCCUCAGAUCCACCACGCCUGGCCACCGCUCCCUCGCCGCCGCUGUCAUCCAAGCCGUCUGUGGCAUCGUUCAACCGCCCACGCGCCAGCACGACACGAACGGUGUCCGGCGAAGGCUCUCCCUUUGUGUUGUCGGAUCCCAAUGAUGAAUGGGCGAACAAACUCGGGCAUGCCAACUUCACCAUCCAGCCUGAGCCGUACGUGCCCGAAGUAUACGAUCUGGAAUCUUUCCAGCAACUACGAGCGCAAUGGGAUGUCGCCCAGUGCAACUUCGCCAAACAUCUGGUCCGCACGGGCGAACACUACGGGAUCACUUCCAAUAUCUACAAGCUCACCGAGGAGAAGUGGGAGUCGAUCAACUGCGAAUGGAAACGCCACCAUGAGACAAUGCUAUCGCAAUUAGAAGCGACUCAAGGCCCCGAACUACGUCUUGUCCAAUCCGACUGCGAUCCAUGCGAACAACUAAAAAUCCCCCGCCUACAUGACGACAAAUUUCCCGAAUUGGGCGAUGGAGAGAUAGUUGGGCCCAUGAAGAUUGCGCCGGCGACGACGGGUUCUGGACGGGGUCGGAGCCGCUCCUUGAAACGGAGCUUCCUCAGGUUUUUCCAGGACCUUGUGUCCCGGCCCUGA